GCAGAGGUCGCUCGUGCCUGCCGAUUCUACCACAACGUUACGUCCACACAUCAUGCUGAUUCUUGCUGUCACGAGCCUGUCAUUCGUGUUCAGAGCGUUUUUUACAAUACCAAUGGGAUUAGCAAAGUCUCCAGCUGAGGAGGGUGGCCGUUAUCCUUCAUUUGGGAAAGGACUGGAAUAAAUAUAGGAUUUUUCCCGUCAAAGGGCAACAGCGACUGGGCUUUAAAGGAAUACACGCUUCUGCACGAUGCCCCUGUCAGACUUUCUGGACGGCCUGAAGGACAAUCCCUACUUCGGGGCUGGUUUUGGUCUGGUCGGCGUCGGGACGGCUUUGGCCGUGGCCAGGAAAGGCGCCCAGGUGGGGAUGAUCUUCUUCCGCCGGCACUACAUGAUCACCCUGGAGGUGGCCAGCAAAGACAAGAGCUACCACUGGCUGCUCAGCUGGAUCACCAAGCACGCCAGGCACACGCAGCACCUCAGCGUCAAGACCUCCUACCUGGCGCACGAGAGCGGGCGCGUGCACACGCAGUUUGACUUUCACCCCAGCCCUGGAAACCACAUCAUCUGGUAUGGGAGGAAAUGGAUAAGGGUUGAGAGGACCAGAGAGAAGCAGAUGAUAGAUCUUCAUACUGGAACUCCAUGGGAGUCCGUUACUUUCACGGCUCUGGGCAGAGACAGACAAAUCUUCUUUAACAUCUUACAAGAAGCGAGGGAGCUGGCCCUGAAGCAGGAGGAAGGGAGAACGGUGAUGUACACGGCCAUGGGGGCAGAGUGGAGGCCCUUUGGGUUUCCGCGGCGGCGGAGGCCUCUGAGCUCGGUGGUUCUGGAGGCCGGCGUGGCCGAAAGGCUCGUCGAUGACGUGAAGGACUUCAUUGGAAACCCCAAAUGGUACACAGAUCGAGGCAUUCCAUACAGAAGAGGAUAUCUGCUGUAUGGCCCCCCAGGAUGUGGGAAGAGCAGCUUUAUUACAGCUUUGGCCGGCGAGCUCGGGUACAGCAUCUGUCUGAUGAGCCUGAGUGACCGCACGCUUUCGGACGACCGCCUGAAUCACCUGAUGAGCGUGGCGCCGCAGCAGAGCAUCAUUCUGCUGGAAGACGUGGACGCCGCCUUUGUGAGCCGAGAGCUGCUUCCCACCGAAAGUGAGCAGCACUUCCAAGUCUACCCUCUGGCCUUCCAGGGAAUGGGAAGACUGACCUUCAGUGGGCUGCUCAACUCGCUGGAUGGGGUGGCCUCAUCUGAGGCCAGAAUCGUUUUUAUGACGACCAACUACAUAGAAAGGUUGGACGCGGCGCUCAUCCGGCCGGGCCGCGUGGACCUGAAGCAGUACAUCGGACACUGCGGCCGCUGGCAGCUGACCCACAUGUACCGGCGCUUCUACCCGGAGGAGCCCGCCUCCGAGGGGGAGAUCUUCGCAGAGCAGGCUCUAUCCGCGCACUCGGAAAUCAGCGCCGCGCAGGUGCAGGGACACUUUCUGCUGCACAAGGCCGAUCCCGUGGGGGCCAUCAAAAAUAUCGGCCAGCUAAAAGGAUGACAAGUCAGAGAUCGAUUGCUGAAUUAAAAGAAGUGUGAAAAACUUUAUAGUUCAUUCUUUCCACUAUGUUGUGCUGUGUGAUCUGCUUUGAAGCUGGGAAGUCAAGAGGCUCCAAGAAAGAAAUGUGUUUAGUUUUUUGUUAAUCUAAUUCAUCUGCCUGCUAAACAAAAAACUAACACUAAAGUCAAGCCACUGGUAAAAUACGUUUCUUGUCAUUUCAUGUCUUAACUCAUCAGUUGAGGCGAUCCACUUAGAAUCCUUUCCUCGGUUUCAACUGUUUUUGCAGAUUCAGUCCAUUAUUAUCUGGCAAAUUGCAUUUUAGGUCCACCUCAAGAUAUUAUAUAAGCAGCAACGAGGCAAGAAAAGCCUGUUUUUCACACGCUCUCGUUUGGGAAACCACGCAUUAGCGGAGAGACCUCAACAAAAGCUUCGGUGUCAGGUUUAUUAGAUUAUUGUGAGGACAUUUCACUGUAAGUCUAACAGGACUUCCUCUUUACUCAACGGGCCAGCUGUGUUAACAGUCACCCAUCCAGAGAAGGUGUCAAAAUCUGAAAUCUGCCUUCCACAUUGUUAAAGUGUCGGAGCUGUUUUAAGUGCCUGAUCAAAGAGGGUGAAUAAUGCAAAGAGGGUUCUUUUUGGCAACAAGUUUUGACAAAGUUUAAGAGCAGGGAAGUAGGGGUUAAAAGUCUUUUGGCCCCUCCCUGCUCCGCGAGUUUUCCUGUAUGUAAGAUGAGCCCUGUCCAUUUCCUCUCCUGCCCUCGUAAUGGCUGCAUGGCUCUCCUGGAGAGCCCUGCGGAGGAUCCGCGGCUGGCCGCUGACCUCCCCCGUGUCCAGCGGCCAGGUCUGGAGCAGGGGCAGGGGGGUGGGGAGGUCCUCUGGCCCGGGGGCUCUGACCGCCGUCCAGGAAAAGCCCCGCUCAACGGAAGAGCUCCCACGGGUCAGCUUCUUGGAACUGCUUUACAGACUGGUGUUCCAGGGCUUCUAUGAGCGUCUGCACGAGCUGCAGAUCUAUGAAAAGCAGCUCUAUGGGUCAAUAUACAGAAAUGGGCUUAAGUCUGUGUCCGUGAACAGCCCCGAGCUUUUGGAGGAACUCCUGAGGAAGGAAGAGAAGUUUCCCUCCAGAGGAGACAUGUCCCUUUGGACAGAGUACCGGGACAUCAGGGGACUUGGUUACGGGCCUUUUACAGAGGAGGGGGAGCGCUGGUACAAUCUGAGGGUGGUGCUUAACAAGCGCAUGUUGCAUCCCAAAGACUCGGCCCAGUACGCCGGGAUUAUCAAUGACGUGGUCACCGACUUCAUCCAGAAGAUCUGCUAUCUGCGCCAGAGCAGCCCAACGGGAGACUUCGUGACCAACAUUGCAAAUGAGUUUUAUCUAUUUUCACUAGAAGGCAUUGCCUCCAUUUUGUUUGAGACGAGACUCGGGUGUCUGGAAAACAAGAUCCCUGCCGGAACACAGGAUUUCAUUGGUGCCAUAGCCCAGAUGUUCUCCAACAGCAUGGCAGUGGCGAUCAGUCCUAAGUGGAGCCGGAAACUGUUGCCUUACUGGGGGCAAUACAUUGCUGGCUGGGAGGGCAUUUUCAGCUUUGCUAAAAAGCUGAUUGACGAGAGGUUGGAAGUCAUUCAGCGGCGCGUGAACAACGACCAAGAUGUGGGUGGUGAAUACCUGACAUACCUGCUGUCCAACACACAGAUGAGCACUAAAGACGUGUACGCCAGCAUAGCCGAGCUUCUCCUGGCCGGGGUGGACACGACUUCCAACACCCUGACGUGGGCUUUGUACCAGCUGUCCAAGAACCCUCGCGUCCAGGACAAGCUUUACCAGGAGGUGUCCACGAGCGGGAUCUCCCGUCCAGCAGAGGUCACUCGCAUGCAGUAUUUACGAGCCGUUAUCAAGGAAACACUCAGAAUGUAUCCUGUGGUUCCUAUGAAUGCAAGGAUCAUAACAGAAAACUCUAUUUCUGUUGGAGGAUAUCAAUUCCCCAAAAAAACGGCAUUCACUUUCUGCCACUAUGCAAUGAGUUACGAUGAGGGGACGUUUCCAGACUCGUCUACAUUUAAGCCAGAGAGAUGGCUGCGUGACGGCCGGGAGAGGCCCAGCCCCUUCGGCUCCAUCCCGUUUGGCUUUGGAGUGAGAGGCUGCGUGGGCCGCCGGAUAGCUGAGCUGGAAAUGUAUUUGGUUCUGUUUCAGCUAAUCAGACGAUUUGAAAUCAAACCAGACCCCACGAUGGAGGAGCUGAAAAGCAUCAACCGUACGGUCCUGGUUCCUGACAAACAACUGAACCUGCACUUUGUGGACAGAGGAGCUGGAGACGCAGCCUGAUCGAAUCUAUACAUGAGUUUGAAUAGGUUCAGUAUUCAGGGUUUCCUGUGAAUGAAGGAGCUGUUUGAAGUUUAUUUUAUGUAUUUACAAAAAUGUGACACAGUUUCAGUGCAUUUGAAGCAGACUGAAAAAGUAGUUAUAUAUUACAGGCAUUUGAAGAUAUACAUACCAUGUUUUAUUACCAAAAUACAACAUUAUAUUAAAUAAAAAAACUUUAUAUUCAAUGCCUCGUAUCUUUAUCACUUAACAUGUUUGUGAGGUUGAGAUUCCAAUGCUGAGAUAUUAUAAUAUAGUAAAUGUCGUUAAUUUAUAAGUGAGUAUGUUGCCUUCUGAGCUUUUAGAGGAUUUAUGUUCUGCAGAAAGGGGGAGCAGUGAAAAGAUGCAAGGGGGGAUCAAAACUGAUGAAUAGAAAGAUCCAUUUCAUUGUUUUUUACAAUAUA